AAAAAAAUGAUUUUGAUGAUCGGUUUAAUCUCCAGAUCAUCAUCCUUUAUAUAUAGUCCUUAGGUUCCAUGGCCAUUUUCAAUCUAAUCCCUUUUUACUAUAAUUCCAAUGGAUUUUCGAUUUAUUUUAUUCAUCCUCUUAGUAGUUCUUGUUUCGUUUGUUUCUUCUGCUCCAUCUUGUAAUACUUGCACUUAUGGUUGUCCAGGCGGUUGCCCAGGCGGUACUUCUUGCCAGUUUUCUAAUACUGGCUAUUCGCCGACUGCGUGCGUGUGUGCUUAAGCUCUAUUUUCGGUCUUCUUUUGACUUCUGUUUUGAAGGUUCCGUUUUUCUUAUAUCGGUAAAUUAUUCAAUGAUAGGACUUGCAGUUGCUGUAAACUGUAUAUUAAUCCUAUUUUAAUCACGUGUAGUAAAAAACUUACGGUUGUUUAAAAGUUUUCAACCAGUCAUCUUAUAACAAAAUUACAAAAAAAAUCGAGAAUUUUUUCUCAAAAUUGUUUCUGUAGCCAAUUUUUAUUUAUUUGUAUUUUAA